GGCUCGCUCGGUAGUUGCACUCUGCAGACGCGUUCGUCUAGUACGUUUAAUCGUUCGCUUAUUAAUGAAUUUUUAUUUCGUUUAUUGUUUUUGUUAUUUGCUACGUAUAUGUAGUUAAUGGGAGUUUUCAAUGUAUGAAUAAUAAAUUCGUAUGGAUAUGUUUAAUUUAAUGCGAAAUAUAAGUACUGUGUCAAGCAACGAAAGUUAAAAAAAAAUCGCGAAAUAAAUUCCAGAUUUUCAUUGUAGAGGAUAGUAGCGCCUUGCCUUCUUGUUAGGGACACUCAUACUACUUUGAACAUAACUGUAUAUCUGAUAAAUUUAUUAUUACCGACAAUGUUGAAGUUCAAAAAUAUUCCAAACCCAGACCACCCAAUUUUAAUAUGACAGCGACACCUCAGGAACCUAAAUGGAGUUUGGAGCGACGUGAGUCGUCGGGUCACUUGGUUUGGCGGAAGGAGUCUCCCAGUUCUAAAGUACGUUUUCGUUUUGAUGUUGAAGUAUUGGAAUUUGAGAAACAUCCCCAUGAAGAUAUUGAAUACAAAAAAGGCGGAUAUUCUGCUAGCAAUAUUACUUCAACUAUAGCACUCUGUGCUACAUGUGUUGCGGCGGUGGCUAUUAGCGUUUUUUUACCAUGGUAUCUUAUGGAUAAGGCGCUAUCAAGGGGUUCAUAGUUUUAUACUUUUAUGACCGAGGGAACGAAAAUGUAUACACGUUGGCCAUUUUAUGCGAAGUUAUACUUAUCGAAUCCAUUUACGUGAAGAGAAACCCGCUCUGUGUUAUCGUGCGAUAGAAAAUAGGUUGAUACACAUCAUCGGAACAGCAUAAAUAACAAUUUCAAUUAAAAAUUUCGAACAUGUAAUAAAACUUACCAGAUAGAAUAAAUUUAAUGACUCGCAAAUUUAUAUAUAUGAAUUUACGCUUAAAUAUUUAUAUGUCAAACAUUAUAAUUAGUAUUGUACAAAGAUAAGUGCCUUAAAAUUAAUUAAGAAAUAUUUGAAAAACAUUAUUAGAAUUUAUAUUCAUUUUAAAACUAGUGAGAUUAAUCUGUGAUCUUAAAAGCAUCGCCCAAUAUCAAUAUUCACCGAUGCUGUAGACUUAUUAAAUAUUGGUAUUUUAAGUGCUAUAUGAUUUUCAAUAAAUAAAAUCUUUUAUUUACUGUACACAACUUAAUAA